AUGAUACCACGCACAAAGCCAGAAAUUCAUCGCCGGAAGAGAUUCACUGGUCGACGCCAUCGAAGAGUCCAUAAACGCUCCUCAGACCUCGCCUCCUCCCCAAACGCCACAGGCUCUCGCAACUCUUCACUGAUCUCCAGAUCUAAGCCCCCCAGAUCCAAGGCUCCGUCAAAACCUGGCAUCCUUCCUGACUCAGAAGAUCCGUUAGAAGAAAACAUAUUUGAGCGUGCCGCCAUGCCGGAAGGCUAUGUGUUUGUCCCCAAAGGCGACGUGUACAUAACCAGACACUGCCGAACUAAUACCAAGACGUCCAAUCGGUUAGUCUACCUCGUUUAUGACAAGGCUGCCAAGCGAACCUUGGGCAUCAGAGUCCCAGAAGAAAUCUAUACAAAUGUGUCCAAGCUCGCAACUUCAACGGCAGAAAAACGUGCCAGCGCUGUCAAAGUCCGCGAUGGAACUUUCAUCACGCGUGGCCGGAAAUUGCUCCGCAAUGUGUUUCCAUUGAUGCCCAAUGAGACGCUCGAAAUAAUCCUGAACCACGCAUUCCUCAAGGGGUCUGGGCGGGUAGGACGUACUUCGACUACGACAGAUAAACGUAAGGCUACGCUCGCCGUUGAAGCUCAUAUCCGGCAUAACCACACGCCUUAUGAAAGGCUACUUGCAUCUGGAUUGGAACGAUGCGAGGCGCGAGAGAGGGUAUGGCCUGAGGUUAAAGCAAUCAAGAAGGCUUGGGAAGGAAGCGAGGAAGCGAAGAAGAUCGAGAUGGUUUUGCGUCCGGCCCAUACUGAUGACGAUGAUGCUUGUGUUGUUGUGUCUGAUGAUGACGACGAUGCAUGUGUUGUUGUGUCUGAUGACGAUAUUGAUAAUGUUGUUGUGUUGGAUUAA